AUGGUCAAGGGAAUUGUUACGCCGAGUCCAGCGACGGUUGGAAGUAACUCGGCUGGACUGACCAACUCGGCGGACUCGGCGAAUGCGAUGAUCACGGACGCGACGGCGGACGAGGCGCGCACCGUCCAGUUCGAUGAGGAGGAUGCCCAAGACCAAGAAAGUGAGGAAGAUGUUGAGGAUGAGUAUGAGGAGAAAGCCGGGCUACUCAGCGAAGUCGACGAGUUGUCGCUGCAAGUCGGACGAAUGGGUACCCCACGUCCAGUUGUGCGCAACCUGGCGGCCGAGCUCGGCAAUGAUACGGACGACGAAGAUCAAGCCGCCGCUCAAGGGGAACGCCCGCCCCUGAUCCCGCGAGCGACGAGGGAUGCGGAUACGCCAAGUGCGAACAAGGUUCUGGGUAGGCUCGGAGAGGAGAUGCAAGCUCAGAGCGAGUGGAUGAUGAUGUUUGCCCCAGUGGCGAUGGCUCAGGCGAGAUGGCCGGUGCUGGGACCCGAGCUGACUCAGCCGGUGAACAGCACCGACAUCAACCAACUGGUCGAAGACACGGUGCUGCUACUCAAGGCGAUGGGGUUCGGGUGCACGAGCCGGCCCAACAGCCUGCUACUCGGCGAUUGGGACCCCAGCCGAGCUUCACGCGAAAUCCUCAAGUUGAAGCGUCGGUUGAGAGUCUCGUUUGGUCUCGAGCGGGGGGCCGUCGGAACUCGGCAGACUAUUGCGAAACGAGUGGCUGAUACUCCGAAGACCGUCGAAGACCCCAGCAGGAUUCCCCUGCCGAAGACUCCCGAACGCAAGAGAACCGAGGUGUUCCGCUCUACUGAGGGUACGCCGUAUUUCGAAGAUUCGCAUAUGAAGACGCCAACGCGUGGCAAGCAGCCAAGUGGACGCUACGCUGAGUUGUUUGGCGCUGCAGACGCAGCCGAGCCCAGCGACAGCGACGAUGGGCGCGAGUACCUGAACUCGGCUGAAGAGUCGGUGAAGGACGUCAUCAAGCACCUUAGCUUCGAUGACGCUGAAAGUGAUCGGACGCAAUACUUGGAGGUUUGCACCCAUGCGUCCCUCGACAAGAUCCCUAUGUUCGAAGGCAAACGUUACCGACCGGAUGACUCUCUCCAGUGGCUUAAGCGGUUCAUCUACGAGAUGAAAGGAACUCGGCUGGCACAAGACCUCUGGUACGAGCCAUUCUCGCUGAAGCUGGAGCGAGGCGCGAAGAGCUGGUAUCGCCAGCUCCCGAAGAAAACGCAACGGAAGUGGAGUCUGCUGAGUGAGGCAUUCGCCGACUACUACUGUUCGCAGUUUGACCAGUCGGCACGAGCUCGCUAUUACUCGGCUCAGCGCAAAGACAACGAGCUGGUGUGUGACUUCCUCGUUCGUCUCAACGGAUAUGCGAAGUCGGCGAAAAUCCAGUACGAGGCCGGUGGAGCGGAUGCUGCUGACCAUGCGGAACACUUCCUGUUGCACUGCGGAGAUGAUGACAUCAUGGAUCUGCUCUAUCCGCAACAGCUCACCGACACCAAGAAGGUCGAGAAGAUCAUCAACCAGAAGAUCCUGGGGGAGCGCCGGAAGAAACAGCGCGACCGUCUCAUCGGAAGCCGCAGCCGAGAUGCCAAGCGCACCGAUUCGCCAAGGCACUCGGAAGCUCGGCGGAGUGAGCCGCGCCGAGAUGACCGCCGGGAACGACGCAGAGAUGCCCGCCGGGAUGACCGGCGAAGCCGACGCGACGAUGGUCGAGACCGCCGACUAGCGACAGCGCUGCUGGAGGACGACCCGUAUGAGCUGGCUGAGAGACGCGAAUCCAAUCGGCGAUCCAACCUCUACGACUCGGACAGCGAUCAGAGCGACGGCAGCCAGCCGAGCUACUCCGACUCGGCUGUAGACUCGGAAGACGAUUACAUCGACACCGGGUUCACCAGCGACCGCGACCGUAGAUCGGGGGACCGAGGGAACUCAGCUGGGACACCACGGAGUGAUCACCGAAGGGGUCAGCCGAGCUCGGCUGACCGCGCCAGUCGAGGAUACGAUCGGCGUGACCAGACUGGGCGGCGCAGUGACUCCCGUGAACGCCCUUCGUAUGGACCUUGUGCUGCCUGCGGUGGUGCAAACCACUCCGUUCACUACUGCCGCCGUCGCUGCAAGUUCUGCAAGUAA